ACGUCGAGUGUCGCUUUUGAACCGCAUAUUAGUUUGAAAACAAAAUGGCGGACUCCGUUGGUAAAGUUGUGAUUCCCGGCGACAUUUUAUCGGAAUUUCGGGCGUCUGAGAAAACUUCUAAAGUUGCACUCGGCCCCGGACUUAGGCAAGAGGGAGAGGAAGUUCUAGUGACCAAAGGAGGGAUCCUACGCCAUAAGGAACCCAACUUAUACUGGAUAGACUGCCACCAAAGAAGGUCGGUGACCUUGUGUUUGCCAAACUGCUGGUAGCUAAUAAGGACAUGGAGCCAGAGCUGGUGUGUAUCGACUCAGGAGGACACAGCAGUGGGUACGGGGUCAUCCCAGCUGACGGGGGCUUCAUGGUACACACCUCACUCAACCUGGUCAGGAAAAUACUCUCUCCCAACUGUGACAUCCUGAAGUUCCUGGGGAAGAAUGUUCCAUUUGAGACAGCUGUGGGGAUGAACGGACGUAUCUGGGUCAAGGCCAAGACUCCCAAGGACACCAUUGUGGUGGCUAAUGCCAUUGCCAGUUCUGAGCACAUGACAAAUGCCCAAAUAAGGACGAUGAUACGGCAGCUAUUGGACAAACUUUCUGGGUUCUGAUACACCAUGAAUGCAGCUCAUCAGUGCCUACCAUUUGACAAGAUUUGACUUCAGACAAGAUCACAGUUUGUCUUACCAAGGCCAUGGUGGAAAAAUCAAGUUCUGUUACCAUUCCAGUGAUGCAGUUCUUUUUACUAUUGACUUGUGACACAGUUUAUCUAGAACCAGGGCUCUAGCCAGCGUCCGUUUUUCCAUCAAUUGACGGAAAUUUGCUGCGUGUGACGGAAAAAUUUUAAAACCAAUCCGUCAACUUUGACGGACAAAAAUCUGAUAAAAGCUCCUUGGUGG